GCCCCGUAGACUGCCACAGUUCUCCGUGAGCCAUCAUGUUCGUCAGGGUAGGAACCAGUGGGACAGCGACAACGACCGCCACCAGUCUUCCCCUCCUGCUGCCCCUCCUGCUGCCCCUCCUGCUGGUGGCGUCCGCAGCCGCACGCGUUCCCCAGCAGGCACCACGACCCCAGUAUCUAGAGGUGGUGAGGCCCGUCCUGCCCAACACGGCCCUAGAACCCUUAGGGUCGCUCCAGGACGCACCCCAGCAGAUCGCGGAGACGGUGUCCACACCCCGGAAGCGAGCAGCCAUCGUCCUCGACAAGCUGAUGUUCGCCCUGCAGAAGGCCCUCGACGAUUCACCAGCAGCUCCACCCGGCCAACCUGCCCCUUACUCCAGGCCCAGGACCUACGCUGCCGGCCCCAUGGACCUUCAACGGCGAGGCAAUGGUGACGGACGACUCUACUGGAGGUGUUACUUCAACGCCGUGUCGUGCUUCUAACCGCCCCACCCAGCCACCGCCCUUAGCCGCCGCCCCAGCUAACAUCCACAAUACAACGUCUAAUAUAUACUAUUUACCCAAAGUGUCGAGCCACGGGCCUUACUCUGUUAAAAGGCGAGCCAGGGGUCAGUUUUACAAUCUAAUGGUCAUGUUUGUGUCUUGAAAAUGUUUACCUUGUCAUUACUGAUUGAUCUGUUUUAUUUUGUUUUACUGGAAAGAAUUAACAAAUAUGUUUAUGUUCUGUCGAUUGUCACCUGAUGAUUCUUAUUCUGAUACAAGAUUUAUUAUUAUUUGUAGUAAAUUAAUCCUGACAGAAUGACGGUAAUAAAUUUUCUUGGCUGUAAUAAAAGCUGAGUUUGUGUAGUUGCCAAUUAUUGUCCUCAAAGUUCAACUGUACACGUGUUGUUUGCCAUACUCUGUAUAUACAUAAUAAACUACCUACAUAAUAGUAUCCGUGACAUCAUUUGGUCACUCAAGACGACGAUUAAAAAUGGUUACAGAAUUUAAUCAGUUCCCACCCAGAGGACCGAUUUCUGUGAUCAAUUUAGGUAGUGACUUCCCAAUACAUGGAAGGUGAUCUAUGGUGCCGCGAUGGCUUAAAAUAUUAUUAAACAAUAUUAAUGGUAUAUUUUGUCUUAACGGUUGAUAUAUUAUAUACUCUAGUGCUAUUUCAAACAUGACUUUAGAGCAGGUUCAGUACCCGGGCGAACAGUGUGGUGAAGGUUAUUGAGAACCCAAGAGACAAGGAAAGGCUGCAUCUUGCCACUCACGCUACCAAGUGAGGUUUUAUUUUCUUAGGAAUAUCUCCCAACUCUUACAUGAUCUACAUUGAUUUCUUUGAGUCUCGUUUUUAAUAUUACCAUUACUUUAAUAUCAAUAACCCGGAAAGAUAUUAUAUACGUUUGGUUCACAAGUCCAACAAUGGAACAGUGAAAGAAAAUUAACAGAGACGUAAGUGGCUAGACUGUUGUUGUCUCUCGAAGAUUGUUGUCCUAGUGCCGAGUGCUGCAUCGCUUACCUGUAACACUACAUACAGCAUUUAAUGACAAUCUUUAUUAUUACUGCUGUGAGAUGUUGAAAGUUAUCCAGAAAUAAAGAUUCAAUUAUUC